AUGUUUCUGUCUCUGCCUACGUUGACUGUUCUGAUCCCACUGAUCUCUUUAGUGGGAUUGUUCUACUCUGCCUCUGUGGAAGAAAACUUCCCACAGUGCUGCACCAGUACUGCUAGCCUUUGCUUUUAUAGUCUGCUCUUGCCGAUAAUCAUACCAGUCUAUGUGUUCUUUCACCUUUGGACUUGGAUGGGUAUUAAACUAUUUAGACAUAAUUAAUGC